ACCAGAAGUGGGAGAGAGCUGGCCCAGUCCUGGCAGAUGCUGUGUCAUGACCAUGGGUGCAGCUCUUCCUGCUUCACCGAGCAAUUGCCUCCCUAACGCUUUUAGGGAGUCAGAGCUCGCAGGCACUCUCCCUUGGCGUGGGGUGGCUAUGGCUGGGGACAUCAUCUAUGCCGAUAUCCACGUCCCUGCAGAGUCGCCAACUGCUCACCAGGCCCCUGCCACUGCAUCCCAUGAUCUCCAUCCACCUCCAAGCCAAUGUAGGCUCCUUCUGAAAGUGUCUUUGGCUGGCAACCUUCUCCUGGCACUGGUGGUGACGGUGCUGAGCAUGAAAGUUUUGCAGGGUCCCUCUCAGGAGGCAGCGGGUGAUACCACCCCCUCAACAGUCCCCGAGAGCGGCGUCAUCGCUUGGGGACUCAGUGGAUACGGGUGCAGUCCUGGCCUGGAGGAUUUGGUGUCUCGCCUGCAGAGGAGCCUGUGUGGCCCCAACCAGCUCCGCUCAUCAGGGGGCACCAGCUGCAGAGUCUGCCCCAUGAACUGGCUGCAGCACAAUGGAAAGUGCUACUGGUUUUCUCAAGAGGCCCAGCCCUGGCAUGAGAGCCAUAAGGACUGUGCAGCGAAGGACUCGGAAAUGCUGGUGGCCCCACACCUGGAUGAGAUGGAGCUCGUGCACAAUGUCACGCAGGGGCAGUAUCCUGUCUGGAUUGGAGUCCGUGUCGUAUCCCCCAUGGAAGAGUGGGUUUGGGUGAAUGGCUCCACAUUGGACCAAGAUCUGUUCCCGCUGCCAGGACCUGCUGACGGUAACAGCUGUGGGAUGUUAAAGGGGGAUCAGACUAAAUCUGAAGUUUGCACUGCUGAGUUCAAAUGGGUUUGCUGGAAGGAAGGCAUCCCGCUGUGAGCGGGGGCACGGCGGCUCCUCCUUCCCACAACAGAAGAAGAGCUGCCCGGAGCGUCAGCCCCUGAGCAGAACAAGGCUAGGGCAAGAUUAUAAAAACAAAAAACAAAAAGGGGAUCAGACCUUUCUCUGGAUCACAAGAAGGCCCAGAGCUGUAAUCAAUUCUGAUAUCAUUUCUGGCAAGGUCCCAAAUCUCAUGUUGCUUUGUAGAUGCCUGGUGCUUAGGCCAAGAGCUAAUGGGUCUCAGCCCUGUUGUUGCAUGGUCCAUGUAUUUGCCUCAGACAUCACUCAUGGGCAGUAACCCAGGUCAAUCUGUGCAGCUCCUUAUCUGGGCUGGUGCUCAGAGUCAGCCAUCAGUUGUGAGGCUGUGUGCUCCAGCGCUAUAAUCCCAGCCCUGGGCAUCAUUGCAGUGCAGCUGCGUAUCCAAGUCACUUCUAGUGCGCUUAAAUGCACCGACCAGCGUGGCACAGGUUUCCUGUGCUGUUUCUAUCUUCCCUUCUCUUCCCCACAAUCCUGCUGCUGCCCAAGGAGUGUGUGGAUCAGCUUCCCCUUCCCCAGACAUAGUCAGACACAUGUCCCUUCUCACUGGGCUGGCACAAGGACUGAUCCCAUCUUGUCCCAGCCAUAGCAAACUUGCCCAGGUUGUGCUCUGACUCCUGGGGAGAGACCCAGAGCAAUGGCCUGCAGGGAGACAACCCCUGCCCUGGCUACGAUCGGGGCCCCAUUGUGCCAAGCACUGUGCUGAGACCUGGACAGAGGGUCCUCCGUGUCGCUUGCUGCUGCGCGCCGUGCAGGAGGCGCCUCAC